UUCAUAAAAUUGCGUUGCAAAUUCGCGCUCUUUAAUUUUAUUUAUUUUUGUCGUGCAAUAUUAAUUGCUAGCAACGGCCCGCGUACGUAUGGAACGGACUCUCUUUUUUGUUGUGUUUAUCGUGCUGUGAGCAUUGCAUAUUUGCACAUAUCGACGGACAAUCGAAGUAGCUAAUACAAUAACAAAAGCAAGAACAGCAACAACAGUUGCAACGUGUGUGCACGCAAAAAAAAGGCCUUGUUUAUUAUUUUUAAGACUGGUAGUAUUCGCUCCACACCCCCCAAUAUCUUGUGUGUCCGUGUGGGAGUGUGAGCGUGAGUGUGCGAAAUGCCUAAGCGCGGCGGUGGCGGCGGCAGUCAACGUUAUAACAACAAUGCUGGCAAUGGAAACGGCAGCGGGGGCGGCGGCAGUGGUGGAUCACGUUUUUCUGCUUUGAAAGAUUAUGAUGAUGAUGAUCAUCAGCGUCGCAAGGAUCGCAACAAGCGCCGCGUCAGCUUCAAGACAUCACAGUUUCCACACAAAAGUGAUGUGAAACUACGCUUACAGGAUGUCCGUCGCUGGGACGAGGACGAUGAUAUGAGCGAAAUGACAACCACUAUCAAGGAUCGCCCAAGCUCGCGUCGUCGCGGCUCACCAAUUCCACGUGGUAAAUUUGGCAAACUAGUGCCCAAUGGUGCUGGCUGGUAUCAAGUGACCAUACAAAAUGGCCAGAUCUAUGAGAAGGAGACGCUGCUGCGUGCUCUACUGGCUGCUAUGUCGCCGCAUGCUUUCAUCCCACAAUAUUGGCGUACGGAGCGCCACUGCGUCAUCUUCUUCACGGAUGACUUUGAGGUGGCUGAGCGCAUACAGCAGCUGGGAAGGCACGCACAAUUGCCGGAUGGCUUUCGACUGAUGCCACGCGUGCGCAGCGGCAUCCCCUUGGUUACCAUUGACGAGGACUUCAAGGCCAAAAUGAAGGCAGUGAUGGCCAAGCGCUACAAUUUACAGACCAAGGCACUGGAUCUGUCCCGUUUCCAUGCCGAUCAAGAUCUGAAGCCGUUCUUUUGUCCACUGUUCCGGGUGAAUGUGAUGAGCGCAGCACUGGACAUCAUUUGCGAUAAUAUACCCGAUCUGGAGGCAAUCAAUCUCAAUGAUAACAAUAUGUCCACCAUGGAAUCGUUCAAGGGCGCCGACAAGCGCUUGCCGCAUCUCAAGAUCCUUUAUCUAGGCGACAACAAUCUACCAUCGUUGGCUCAUCUUUUGGUCUUUCGCAAUUUGCCGAUUAUUGAGCUGGUCUUGCGCAAUAAUCCAUGCCGUUUGCGCUACAAGGAUCCGCAGCAAUUUGUCAGUGAAGUACGACGUAAAUUCCCUAAAAUCCUGAAACUGGAUGGGGAAACGCUGCCGCCGCAGGUCCAUUUCGAUUUGAACGAAUCGUCGGUGCUGCCACCGGCCAAGGCAUCCUUUUUAUGCGACAGCGCUGGCGCCGAUGUGGUGCGCCAAUUCCUGGAUCAAUACUUUAGCAUUUUCGAUUCGGAUAAUCGCCAGCCGCUGCUGGAUGCGUAUCACGAGCAUGCAAUGCUCUCGAUAUCGAUGCCCUCCGUCAGCCAGUCGGGCAGUAGACUGAAUAACUUCUGGAAAUUCAAUCGCAAUCUACGACGCCUAAACAGCGAACGUGAAGAUUUACGCAUACGCCUUUUGAAGAGCGGACGGCUUGCCUGUGUGUCCACACUGGACGAAUGGCCACGUACACUGCACGAACGUCGCACUUUCACGGUCGACCUGACCAUAUACAAUCCCCAAAUGAUGUUAUUCACGGUGACCGGACUGUUCAAGGAGCUAACUGGCGAUACGAGCGCUGGGACGCCCAGCAACAUGCAGGCCUACGAGCUGCGCCACUUUAUGCGCACCUUUGUGGUGGUGCCACAGAACUCGGGCUUUUGCAUUCGCAACGAGACGAUCUUCCUAAACAGUGCCACUUGCGAGCAGACACGCGAAUUCAAGCGCACACAGCAUCAGCCAGCGCCAGGCGCCGACAUGGCCGUUGGCCUAACACCGAUCGGGGCAGCAGCCGUGGCCGAGGGAUCAAUACAGAAUCGUUUGCAACCGAGCCAGGCAGUGCCUGGCGCUCCUGUUGCCCUGCUGGCAACACCGUCUCCAUCGAAUCCAACUGCCGUGCCCGCUGGCGGCAAUGCGGCUGCCCUCAACGAUGCCACCAAAAUGCAAAUGGUGCAAGCGAUGAGUGCACAGAGUCAAAUGAAUCUGGACUGGAGUCGCAAAUGCUUAGAGGAGACGAAUUGGGACUUCAACCAUGCCGCCUUUGUGUUCGAGAAACUGUUCAAGGAAAACAAAAUUCCGCCCGAGGCUUUCGUCAAAUAAGUAGCCCAAGAGAAUACACACGCACACGCACGUAUACACCUCCCCCAAAACACCAGCCAAUACAACACACCCACGCACAUAUAUGCAGUUUGAAUAGCAAUAAGAAUAUCCACAUCAUUUUAAGGAUAAGCCUGCCUAUAAUACCACACAAGAUUUGGGCAUGUUCAAGAAAAGCCCUCACACAAUAACACACAAGAUUAAAUUAGGGCAUUUUCUGUUU